CACGCGCCUGCAUACCUCCCUAAUUCCCUAUUAUUAUAAUCUCUCAUUGCUUUCCUCCCUAUAAAACCCUCCCUCCUCCUCUGCUCCCCCACACGCAUCACUUUUUCAUUUUCUCUCUCUACAAUUCCAAACCAACUCAACUGCAAACCUAGCUUUCUCUCUCCACACUACUAAUAUCCCCUUCCCCGGUUCCCCCCCCCCUCUCUCUCUCUCUCUCUCCUUCCUCUGUUUCUAGUUUCCACCCUCCCUCCCUGGAGGCUUCAAGUCUGUUAGACUUGCUCCCUUCUUUCUUUCUCUCUCCACACUCAUGGAAGACAGCACCACCACCCCUACUGCCACCAACAACAAGCGAGUCCGGGAUGACUCGGAGGACUUGGAAUCGGACUCGCCCGAAGCAAAGAGAAUCCGAGACAACCUCCUUGAUAUCCUGGACGACGCUGAUACUGUUCUAGACCGGAACCCCGGAAACCAAGACCUGGCUUCUGUAAUAAAGAGUUUCGAAGAAGAAAUUAGUCUCCCACCAUCCCAGCUGCCACCUGAAGUGGAGGUGGCUCAUUCCACCGAGUCUCAGCCCGACCUUGGAUACCUUUUAGAAGCCUCGGACGAUGAGCUUGGGCUCCCACCAACUUUCUCCUCGUCUUCCGGUGAAGAGGAGAAGAACGAAGAGGAUGAUAUAUUAUGUGUUUCCUCUGAUGCCAUUGGAUUCGAUCAGAUCUGGGGGUUUGAUGACGACAUCCCGAGCUACGACUCAUUGGGUUUCGGGAUCAGUAGCGAGAACAACAACAAUGACGAAGGCAACGCCGGAGAGUUUGUGGCAUUGGGGGGGUUGUUUGAUUAUUCAGACGUAUUUUCUGGGUCAUCCGAUUUUUCGGACUCUUCGUGGCGCCCCGAGUCGCUGCCGGCUCUUUAAACCGGGUUUCGGCAUGCCGGAUUUUGGACUGGUACCGGCCGGUAGUGGGCUCUAUGACAGUUAUGUAACAGUAUGUAAAUUAAAGAAAAAACGAAGAAGCAAAAAAAAAAAAGCACAGAAGAAAGGGAAGAUUGGUGUUAAAUCAAAAGGCAGUAAUCUCCUUAACUCGAGAAAUUCGUUGGUUCUUUUAAAUGUCAUACGUCUCAUCUCGGGAAAAUAUUGCAUCUCUCGACUUUAAACUGAAGCAGACGCCACGCUGAUGCCCACCGAUGAACGAAUGAGAUGAUGAUAAUUAAAUUAAACUUCAUCUUAUGUGGGUCCCGCAUGCUUAUAGUUAUAGGGGUGCUUUUGGUCAUUUCGCUAUGUUGUUCUCUUUUGCAACUUAUAAACUGAUUAAACUCAAACUAUCUCUUCUCACUUUCUGUAUCCU